AGGAGGAGGGUUUGGAUGGGAUUUAUGGAUUAGAGCCUCGGAGACCUUCAGCGUCAGAUAUCUGCUGCUUUCACACUUUAUCUGGAUCUAAUCUGACUCAACAAACUGCUGCUAACGUCUUCUAUCGUUUAGGUUCCACAGAGCCGCGGAACAAACCGCGAUAAGAGGAGAAGAGAGGAGGGAGAGGAGAGAGAGAGGGACGCAGCAGCACGGUUUCCUUGACAACGGACUCCCCUGAGCAGCAGGUGUUUCUGUCUGGGUGAGUAAAUCCGUCAUGUCGGUGGAGUGGAGCGGUGACGGGGGGAGGUGGCUGGACGCCCACUACGACCCGGUGGCCGGCCUCUACACCUUCUCGUCCUGCGUGGACCUGGCCGACCUGAGCGGCGACGGGGAGAGCCGGCUGGUGGUGGGCGACCUGGGCUCGGGCGGCUCCGGCAUGAAGCUGAAGGUUUACCGCGGCACGGCGCUGAUGAGCGAGAGCACGCUGCUGGACCUGCCCGCCGGCCUCGUCGCCUUCUUCAUGGACCUGCACGAGCCCCGCAUCCCCGCCGUCGCCGUGGCGUCCGGACCCUGCAUCUACGUCUACAAGAACCUGAGGCCGUACUUCAAGUUCACGCUGCCUGGUCUGGAGGUCAACACACUGGAGCAGGACGUGUGGCAGCAGGUGAGGGAGGGGCAGAUCGACCCUCUGACGCUGAAGGAGAUGUUGGAGAGCAUCAGGAAGAAGGCCGACGUGCCGCUGUCGGUUCGCUCGCUCCGCUUCCUGUCGCUGGACGCCGACGACAUGGACGACUUCGUCCAGCUGCACAAGCUGCAGCCAAUCAGACGGCAGACGGUCAUCACCUGCAUCGGGACUCUGAAGAAGAGCACAGCGGACGAAGACGGAGUCAGCUGUCUGGUGAUCGGGACGGAGAGCAGCGACGUCUUCAUCCUCGACCCCGAAGCCUUCAUCAUCCUCUCCAAGAUGUCGCUGCCGGCUGCUCCCACCAUGAUGGACGUGACGGGUCAGUUCGACGUGGAGUUCCGCAUCACGGUGGCGUGUCGCAAUGGCAACAUCUACAUCCUGCGCAGGGAGUCCGACAAACCAAAGUACUGCAUCGAGCUGUCGUCUCACCCCGUCGGUUUGGUGAGACUCGGGAAGAAUGUAGUGGUCGGCUGCACCGACGAGAGUCUGCAGGGCUUCACCCAGAAGGGGAAGAAGUUGUGGAAGACGGUCCUCUCUGCUCCCAUCACCACCAUGGCCGCCAUGGACCUCCCCACCAGGGGCUUCCAGGCGGUGCUGGUGGGUCUGGCCAACUGCGAGGUCCAGCUGUACCGGGACAAGAACCUGCUGAGCACCAUCAAGACGCCUGACGUAGUCACCAGCAUCUGCUUCGGCCGGUACGGCCGCGAGGACGGGACGCUCAUCAUGACCACCAAGGGAGGCGGCCUGAUGGUGAAGAUCCUGAAGAGGACGGCGGCGUUCGACGACAGGGACAGCGCUCCCGGCCCGCCGCCGGCCCAGAGCAUCCGGCUCAACGUGCCCAAGAAGACCAAGCUGUACGUGGACCAGACGCUGAGGGAGCGUGAGAACGGCCUGGCCAUGCACCGCGCCUUCCAGAUGGACCUGAGUCGCCUACGGCUGGCCGCCGCCAAGGCCUAUGUCAAGGCGCUGGAGUCCAGCCUGACGCCGAUGUCCUCCAGCCUCUCGGAGCCGCUCAAGAUGAACGCCGUGGUCCAGGGCCUCGGCCCGUCCUUUAAGCUGACGCUGAACGUCCAGAACACGGCGGCCUGCCGGCCCGUCAUGAACCUGGCCAUCAGCUUCCUGUACGACGAGAGCCUGUACCGGAUGAGGAGCCCCUACCUGAGGAUCCCCCUGCUGGUGCCCGGACUCAUCUACCCCGUGGAGACCUUCGUGGAGUGCACCAGCGACAAGGGCAUCUCUGACAUCAUCAAGGUGUUCGUGCUGCACGAGGGGAGGAGCUCGCCGCUGCUGACCGCCCACAUCAAUAUGCCAGUCAGUGAGGGCCUGAUGCUCACCUGAUGAUCUCCUGAUGACUGAUGGACCAGCUGGCUGAUUCAGACACUGAACAUUUUGGAAAAAUUCUGUUCUGAUAAAUUCAAGUUUAAAAACCCAAAAUGAAAAAUUCAGCCUAAAGUUACAAAAAACUUCAUAUUAAAAUUCUAAUAUGAAAGAUUCAGAUUCGGUUUCUGCCCAGAAUAAAUAUUAAUGUGAAUUAUUCAUAGUUGAAUUUAAUAGAAAUUGCUCAGAGAUAAUGAUUGUAAUAAAACAAUCUGAAGUUGAAUCUAUUACACUGAAACCAAAUUACAUAUAUAUGUGUGUGUGUGUGUGUGUGUGUGUGUGCAGAAAUAUGUUCCUCUACAAUCUGAUUCUGAAUCCUGUAUAUUUGAAUUUUAAUUCGACCUGAAUAAUUGCAAUCAUUUGAAUCUGAAUUUCAGUGAAUGGUGAAAGAUCAAAUAGAGUUUCAGAAUAUUACAUUAAAUUUCUUCAACAUUUCAAGUUUAUUUAAAUUCUGUUUUAAUGUAAUAGAUUUUAGUUUUAAUAGAAUUACUGAAGCUGAGAAAUUCAAAUAUUUUUUGCAUUUCUGUUGCAUUUAUUCAGGUUGAAAAUCAGAAAAAUUACAGGUAAAAUGCAGAUUUUUAAAUAUCUAUUUUAGUUCAGUUUUCAGCUUACUUUUUGUAAAGUUGAGAAAUUGUUCGAGCUGCAGACGAAUGUUUUAACUGAAGAUGUUGUAGCGUUUCAGCUGCUUCCUGUUUGUAGAGAUUUAAGUUUAAAGCAGCAGAUUCAUUGCAGAGAAAACCCUAGUAGAAACAGAUCAGAUGUCUUCUGUGUUUUUUACAUUUAGUCUGGUGUGAACUAAAAUAAAAGCUGAAUAAAUGGG